AUGGCGAUGUCUCCGGCGGCGGGCAGGACGCCCAACCCCAAGGCGGCGCCGUCCCCGUCCCCGUCCGCCCGCCGAGCCGGGGCGGAUUCGGCCUCGGCCGCCGCCGCCGCCGCCGCGUCGGACACCAAGGCCCGGUUCGAGGCGUACAACCGGCUGCAGGCGGCGGCGGUCGCGUUCGGGGAGAAGCUCCCGAUUCCGGAGAUAGUGGCCAUAGGGGGCCAGUCGGACGGCAAGAGCUCGCUUCUGGAGGCGCUCCUCGGCUUCCGCUUCAACGUCCGGGAGGUCGAGAUGGGCACCCGCCGCCCCCUCGUCCUCCAGAUGGUCCACGACCCCACCGCCCUCGAUCCCCGGUGCCGCUUCCAGGAGGAGGACUCGGAGGAGUACGGGCACCCCAUGGUGCAGGCCGCGGCGAUAGCCGACCUCAUCAAGCAGCGCACCGAGUCGCACCUCCGGACGAUCCAGGCCGCCGUGUCGUCCAAGCCCAUCGUCAUGAGGGCCGAGUACGCCCACUGCCCCAACCUCACCAUCAUCGACACCCCAGGUUUCGUGCUUAAGGCUAAGAAAGGUGAGCCGGAGAGGACGCCGGAGGAGAUCCUGUCGAUGGUGAAGACACUAGCGAGCCCGCCCCACCGCCUCAUUCUGUUCCUCCAGCAGAGCAGCGUCGAGUGGUGCUCUUCACUCUGGCUCGAUGCAAUUAGAGAGAUCGAUCCCACUUUCAGGCGCACCAUGAUAGUCAUCUCCAAGUUUGACAACCGACUCAAGGAAUUUACCGAACGGUGGGAGGUCGAUAGCUACCUGAGCGCAAGCGGUUACCUUGGGGACAAUAUCCACCCAUUCUUUGUGGCUCUUCCAAAGGACAGAGGAACAAUCUCCAAUGACGAGUUCCGGCGGCAAAUAUGUCAGGUAGAUAUUGAUGUGCUGCGACACUUGCGUGAUGGUGUGAAAGGGGGUUUCAAUGAAGAGAAGUUUGGUCCGUACAUUGGGUUUAGCUGCCUCAGGAAGUACCUGGAGUCUGAACUUCAGAAGAGACUGGACUCCAAACUGCAAGCAACCUCUGAUGUCUCUCAGCUGAGGAGAUCGGCAAUGCUUCAUGCUGCUUCUAUCUGCACCCAUUUGCGUGCAUUACUUGAUGGAGCAGCUGAUCCAGCCCCAGAGGUAUGGGGAAAAACUACUGAAGAGGAGCAAAUGCACAGUGGUAUUAACAGCUGGCCUGGCAUCAGUGUUCCUGUAAAACCUCCCAAUUCUAGCCUUAAGCUGUAUGGCGGUGCGGCUUUUGAGAGAGUAAUGCACGAAUUCCGCUGUGCGACAUAUUCCAUGGAGUGCCCACAGGUGUCAAGAGAGAAGGUUGCGAACAUAUUACUUGCCCAUGCUGGAAGAGGUGGGAGCAGUGGGAUGACUGAGGCAGCUGCUGAGAUAGCACGCGCAGCUGCACGAUCAUGGCUUGCUCCUCUUACUGAAACUGCUUGUGAUCGGCUUGCAUUUGUCCUGCAAAGCCUAUUUGACCUUGCAAUGGAGCGCAGCCGCACUGAUGAUUCAAGAUAUCAAAAUGUUGAAAAUAUGGAUGGAUAUGUUGGCUUCCUUGCUGCUCUCCGGUGCUCCUAUUAUAAGUUUGUCAAGGAUUUGUCCAAGCAAUGCAAGCAGAUAGUACGACAUCACCUUGAUUCAGUCACGAGCCCCUACUCCCAUAUUUGUUAUGAGAGCGACUUUCUUGGUGGCGUUGGAACUGUAGCAAACACCCUUCACAGGUUUAAUCAGUUCAGUGGAGUUGCAUCUUUUGACCUAUCAGACAGUGGAUCACUGGAGGAAGGCCAGGAGAAUCUACCACCAAGAGAUCAGCAACAGAUGACUCCACCUGCUAAAGCAAAUGAGAGGGAAAUUCUGAAAGAAAGCCAGCUGACGGUUCCUGAGACGCCUUCUCCUGAUCUGCCAGCUGAUAUACAUGGUGGUAAGAAGAAAGACAAUGGAAAUAUGAAUGACGGUGGGGCAAGGAAAAGACAUGCAAGGAUGGCAGCAUAUGCAAACAGGGGUCACCAUAACAAUGUGACUGUUGGUGGUGAUGAUCUGGUCUCAAGGUCAGGGUCAUCGUACUCCAGCAUAUGUUCCAUAUCUGCUCAGUACUUUGCCAAAAUGCGAGAAGUCCUGAUUGAAAGGAAUGUUCCCUCUGCAUUGAAUUCUGGAUUCUUAACACCAUGCCGUGAAAGGUUGUUUUUAGCGCUUGGAUUCGAGCUGUUUGCUGUAAAUGAUGAGAAGUUCAUGGACAUGUUUGUGUCUCCCGGCGCGAUUGAUUGUAUCCAGAAUGAGCGCCAGUCUCUGCUGAAGCGUCAAAAGAUUCUGCUGUCCUGUUUAAGCGAGUUCAAGAACAUCUCACGGACUCUGUAA